GUUCCCUCAGCUGUCAGUCAAUCCGAAGGCUUCAGCUGUGAAGAUUGAACACAUUGGCUGUGCACAAUAUGGAGAAAGUGGUCUUUUUAUUGAGUUUAUUAGCUGCAGGCCGUGUUGCCUCUCAGUCCACCUGUACGAGUCGCCGGUGUCUGGCUGAAAUGUUGAUCAAGAAAGGUUUACUUUCUCAGCCACAGGAUGAAUACUGCUUCCACGAGAUUAACGUGACAUAUAUGUUCUAUGAAACUCUGUCAGUUGAUACAAAGAAACUCCAUCUGAACUCCCGUCUGGAAGUCACGUUUGAGUGGAAGGAUCCUGAGCUCAUGUGGGACCAAACAGUUUAUCCGUAUGGUGAAGUGGUUUUGCCAGUGAACAAGGUCUGGACCCCGCGAUUCCAAGUGACAAACGCAAUAGAGACAGACAUAAAGCACACUUCCAAUGACCUGCUGGUGCGCAGCGACGGCACCCUGCAGCACGAGGUCAGCGUCAGAACGAAGGUGAACUGCGAGGUCAAUUUGUUCAAUUACCCCUUCGCUUCUGAUGAAUGUCCCAUCGCCAUCGAUUCCUGGUACGGUUAUGAAUGUGGCACAUUGCUGAAUCUUGGUGGACUGGUGUACGUUACUGGCACCCAUGGAGACUGGCAAACAGACCGUGUUGAAUUAAACAAAUACUACGGCUCUGGUUACAUCUUGGUGGCCCUGAGCAUCAAACCGAGCAGCCCCUUCAUCACGCUGCAGCUGCCCAGCAUACUCAUCCUCCUGGCUGACGUGGGGAGCUUUGCUCUUCCGCUCACCGGCGGCGAACGCAACUCCUUCAAAGUGACCCUGGCUCUCAGCUUCACCGUGUUCCUCAACAUCCUCAGCGACCAGCUCCCUGGAGACAGCCAGUGUGGCCCCAUCAUCCGAAUCCACUUCUGCGUCUGCCUCGUCCUGCUGGUUGUGAGCAUGCUGGUGUCCAUGCUGCUGACGCGGGUGGCCAAUGAGGGCUGUCUCUUUUUCUGCUGCUGUUUCAAAAUGCCGACUUCAAAAGCUAAAAAGGACAAGACAGUCAGUGAAGAAACCACCCCUGACAUCGCCGUCGUCCAGCUGACUGAGUCGGAGGAAAGUCAGACUCUCAGAAACGUUUCCAAAUUCUUGGAUGGUCUCGAUGCGGCGGAAACGGAAAAAGAGAGACACCUCGAGAUUGCCAACAGGCUGGACAGGAUCUUUUUCUGGAUCUACUUCAUUUGUACCACUGGAUACUUUAUUGGCAUGAUGACUGUGAUGGCACAAUACAAAUGUUCUGUGAAUCAUUUUAGGAGCUGGCAGGUAGCUAAUCAAACAAAAUGAGCAUUCAAUCAAAUCCCACCAUCAGCAUAAUAUGACACAUCUGUGCUUUUUUUCAGUAACCUAUUAAUGUAAAUAUAUGCCUAAUAAUAAUAAUCACUCAAAGCCACGCAUGCUCUAAUGUUCCAUUGAGCUUUCGCCAGUUUUCUGACGACACAGAAAUGCAAAGACCAGAACUUAUACUCAUUGAUAUAAGUAUUUCAAAUGCAAAUAGAAGAGGAAAAAAAAGCCUGUUUAGUGUCGAUCCUCUAAUCUUGGACGUGCAUUUGCUGCCACCUAGUGGCUAAAAACUUGAGCACAGAUAGACCACUGUCACUGUUUCAGUCACGAUUCUGUUUAUAUCAGCUAUAAAAAUCAAAGUCACUGAUAAACAACUCAACAGGCAAUCAAUUAUAAUGUUUCAUAUAUCAAUAAAUAGUAUCGAUGAUUUAUUGUGAUAAUUACAAAACCUCGGUCAGCUUAUGUAACAGAGGAGUUGGAUUAAUUUCAACCAUUUGAGGACAGGACAGUUUAUUCUUUCAAAUAAAGCUAUUUUAAAUUUUUAAAAUAAGUGGGGGGAGGGUAAAGUGAAAUACUUCAACUUGAGUUUACCAGCAGAUAACACUUCCAAUGUUCACAUUUAAGGAUCACUGUAGUUAUUUCAGCGCAGACUGAAAACAAAACAUACAACAGCAAAACAAAGAAUUGUUCCUCUACCACGUUAUGACCUUUCCCCCUCCUUCUCUUACUGCUUGAUCUCUUACCGACUGUCCCGACUCCUCAUGUUUCAGACUUUCUAACUAACCUUUUGUAGUAGUUCUAUCACCCAAUAGUUUAAAUCUCAACAUAAUCCUUUGUGAUGAAGCCAUUGUUACAGGGUUUUUUUUUUCCUUUCUUGUUUUCGGUGGAAUCAUUACCGCGCCACACCGAUCUUACUCAGCGUCUUUUCAUGUAGCUGACCGGAGGGAUAAGAGGCUUUGUUAUUUGUUAGGUCAUGGGUGUGUCUGUUCGAGAGACGUUCAUACAAAGAUACAGCCAAUUUUUGCCAAAGCCGCUAAAUGAGACAGCAAAAAGAGAGAUAAUGGAAGCCGAGUUAAACUCCCCAAACAAACUUAUGCUCUUCUGUUUUGUCAGAUUUAAUAAUCUAACAUGAUUAACGGCUACAGUGCUGAAGAAGCUGUCUGCACAGUCAGUCACUUUAAUCCUUCCAUUUUGCCCAGGUAUCUUAUAACAUCAAAAAGAUAACACAUUAUAAAAAAGGUCCCUGAGCACUUCAGUCAGAAAGGCUGUGUAGUGCAGAGGUGAAGUGGACUGAUUGUCACCAGAGAGGAAUGCUGGAGGAAGGAGUUUAAUCCACAUUUUAGACCAGGCUUUAAACGUCAAGGCUGACUGUAACUGUGACACACAGAAAAUAACUCGACGUGUCGUAAGCAGCAGGUCCAAAUAUAAGUUUUUUAUUUACGUCAUGCCGGUAGAUUUGAAAGUGUUAUUGCAUUGGGUAGUCAGGGAGACAUCUCAGCAUGGAAAAUAACAAAACUUUAUUUUUCUAUUUGUAAAAUAGAACAAUGACCCAAAACAAUGGCGCAAGACCAUUGUUUGUAUAGCACCAACCCCAAAGAUGCUUAUUUAUUUCUCCAUUUCUCUGUAUGAUAUCUCACACUGCCAUAACAAGACUUUAUUUCCCAAAAAGCAUAUUCUAAUGUUUGAUUUCAUUAAAGACAGAACUUAGAUUGAUUAGCAGCCACAGUAAGUCGGCCAUACAUAUAUUUAUCCCAUAAAUUAUCUUCUCAUCUUUUAUAAUAUACAGUUUAUAUAUGACGACUCCUCUCCUCCCUCAGGAUUCCCUCAAACCACUGUGAAGCCCUUUGUAGCUCAAGUUCUCUUUAAAAGUUCUGUAAACCCUGAAAAAUGAGCAACACCUUUCCAACUGGAACCAAGUGAACAUCAAUAAAAUCAUUCACUCUUGUGCU